CGCAGUUCAUUCAAGCUCGUCAUAUAGGACAUUCCUUCCCAUUCUGAACUUUGAGUUAUUCGUCCUCGUCGCCCUUCCUGCCCUUCCUGCUGCCCUCCUUGCCCUCUUUGCCGUGAUGAAUAAGCAGGAUCAGCAUUCACGGAUGUCCUACUUGUACCAGGCAUCCAUGCUCCUUGGAACACAAACGGACGAAUUGGGACUAGCGCGUCAGUACGCGUCGACGAUUCGCUCUAUUUCCCAAAAAAAUGUCCUUCGUGUUCACCCACACAUAAAACGGACGAUUUGUAAGCGAUGUGAUACACCAUUCGUGUACGGAAAAACGUGUCGCGUCUCAUACGAGAUUUCCAGUGCGAAAAAGCCGGAACUUGACCGCGUUUUACGCACCUGUGCUGUUUGUGGGGCUACGAAACGCUUUUCUGACAGACCAGCAAAGAAGAGAACCAAGCAGGGUCAGGUCGCACAGGCGGAGUUGAAUGUAGAGCAGCAGCACACUAAAUAAAUAGGAGGAGGGAACAAUGAAGAAAGGCAUUAAAAAUUUCAGAAAACAAAUUUACAUGAUCUACACAUUAAAUGAAACGUAGAGA